AUGGCCGCGCCGGCCCCCGCUCCCCGCAUCCUGCUGCUCUUGCUGUUGUUGCUCCCGGCGCCUGAGGGAGCCCAUAGUCAGCUGUGUAUGACUUCUCGUGGGCGCAAGGUCGACCCUUGGGUCUGUCCUGUUUUCUGCUGCGGCAGCUGUUACGACCAGUACUGUUGCUCGGACGUGCUGAAGCAGGUUGUGUGGAUGGGGGAAGAUUGCCGUUCUCCGGAGGUCAGUGUCCUCACCGACGAGUUCGACUCCCGCUUCAACAACGACCCCAUGCCCAAGUUUGGCACAGUGAUCGCCAUUGGGGUGACCCUCUUUGUGAUCGCCGUGGUCACCGUCAUCGUCUGCUGCACCUGCUCCUGCUGCUGUUUGUACAGGAUGUGCCGCCGGCCGAGUCCGGUUGUGACCACCACCACGGCCACCACGGUGAUGCACACCCCUUACUUGCAACCGCCCAGCUACCCUGGACCAACAUACCAGGGCUACCACUCCGUGGUCCCCCAGCCGGGGAUGCCAACAGCACCCUACCCGACCCAGCCCAUGGGCCCCCCCGCCUACCACGAGACGAUGGCUGGAGGUGCAGCCCUGCCCUACCCUGCCAGUCAGCCUCCUUAUAAUCCGGCCUACAUGGAGCCCCCGAAGGCAGUCCCCUGA